AUGCAGCUGUCAUUUUCUUAUGACAUUCCAAAGGGAAUUUUACAAAAUAUAUUGCGUAUAAAUAAAAAUUACUAAAACAGAGGAAUUAGCUAUUAGCCAAUCAGAGGAGACCUUAGGCAAGCUACUACAUCACUCCAGAAUGGGCCCAAAACAAGUCCGCACGGAAGGCCAGAAAAUGGCGGGCAAAAAUGCGCUGGACGCUAAAAAUUUGCUACUUACAGGCACUUAGGAGACACGGACGACCUGUACUCCUAGUUACGCAGCCAUGGCCGAAGGUGGAAGAGGUACGACAAAUACGAGUCUUAAUUAGUUGUCUUAUGUAAUUUUUAUUUCUGUUCAAAUAUCCCAUUAUUUUUACAUUAAUUUUUUUAUCCCCUCAUAUAAUUUAUGUACUUCCGCAUUUUAAACGGGCAAGUCUGAGCAUGUUCAUUUUCCAACAGAAGUGGCAGGUGAUACCUUCAACGCACUGCACAUUGCGGAGGGUAACCUUUCUGUGAACUUUGCCGCCCACCUGAGCUCUACAUCUGGCGCCAACGAUUACCAGAGGGCAGAGAAGAUGUAUCUCGAGUCGUUGGCCCCAGGGACGGUAAGUCCUUGAAUACACUUUUCAAAAGUCCUAAAUUUGAAAAACUCAUACCCCCUGCGACCUUCAAACAAUUUUUUUCAUAAGCUAAACCCUUCAUCUUUGGAAAUAAUGAAAAAUGAUCAUUAAUAUGGGCACAUAAUCUAUGCCCGCAAUUUUCUUCAAACGGGACUCAAAUGAAAAACCAGUUGAGCGUUCCCACUAAUUUUUUUAUUGAAAAUAUGCCGUUUAACAUCGGUAUUUCUCUCUUUCCUUUUUCAGCUCAAAAGCAUUAUAGAUGCACGGAGGCUGUAUUUACAGUGGUUUCCCCUUCAACAUCCGGGGACAGAGGUACAGUUUCCUUUAAAGGAAAUGGAUAUUAAGGCAUUCUCUGUGUGCCUCUGCAGAGCGGGAUUUACUUUCUCGCGAAUUAUUAACAACAUAUACCGAGGACUUUGCAUGUGGGUAAGUGUUCAUCUCAGUAAUAAAAGUAGUGGUAUUAAUAAUUCUUAUCAAUCAACAAGAAGUGUAAAAAGUACAUUGUAGUAGACGCAACUGCAAACUUGUGGGACAUUUGUAAUCUUCUAUUUACGACAAAUGGUCUUGCCUCCAUUCAUUUUGGAAAACGUUGAGUAGGCCUCUUUUCCAAGGACCGAGAGGUGGACAGGCGGACUACAUUAAGGAACAAACAGAUAUUAGUGAUAAAAAAGUAAUGUGUUGGCAUGGUACAAAAAUUCCGAGUACAUAAAGGGACAUGACAGGACACUCUUUUUUUUUGUUGCAGCAAACCUCAAAUAAUCACCCCAGCCCUGCCAAACAAUUCCCAGAGCUAGGAGCAACCCUUGUGAAAUUUGUGAGGAAGGAAGUUGGAGAUCAAGCCAUCCCUCCAAAAGUUCCCAUGUUCCAACAGGACAUGGAACAUAUUUUGGAUUGCGUUGGCAUAAAGACCCAAAGUGAUCUCCAACGUGAGUAGACAACUAACUGUAACUAUACUGAAAUGCUCGGUACAUGAAAUAGUGUUGAUAUCCUGGUCAAAUCUUGAGUUACGGAUUCCUUCAUAUUAAUAGUCGCAUAGGUUCCAUUUCAAAGGUCACAGAAUAAAUUUAGACACCGUAAGAACACACUGUGUACUAAAGCGAGGCUGCUGACUUAUUGAAGGAACUUAUUUAAUAUUUUUUCCCACCUUUAUUGUGAGGUCUUUAGGUGGUGAAUUGAGUAACCUAAGAGAAAACAUAAAAUUUAACACAAGGAGAUGCAACUGCAAUAAAAGGAGAGGAGACAAUACCAAAUAGUACAAAAUAAUAAUCACCAAAUCACAUCUCACCACUUUUCUUGUUAUGUGGUCAAAAUAGCUGAAGCUUAUAUGUGCCUCUUAUAUAGUUUCUUUCUUACUUAGCAUGUCCGCAUUUUGCGGAGCAAGGGCAAGCUCUAUUGUUGCGCCACUUGUGGCAAAAGAAAUUGCCACUGCACGAAACAACCUUGAACUGGGUGACUACCCAGAUCCUGAAGAGAUCAAAGUCGGAGGUAAGAUGGAUUUGAUUAUUGUGUAAUUAUUCAUACAGCAGUCUUGACUGCAACUAUUUCAUCAUGAUACUUCUGAUGCAGAGUAGUUUCUGAUUCAUAUUUAUAAUUUACACUACUUUUUAAGGCCAUUUCCACUCAAAUUUCUUCACAGGGUGCAAAGAAAGUCUCUUUCACAGCUUGCAGGCAAGCUGUAGCUAGCAUGUAUUUGCCCAAAAGACAUUUCAUCUUGCCCCAAAAACGUUUUGAUGAGCAAGAUUUUGUACACAUUUAUUACACCAAAAGCAAAAUCCACCAAGAUGAGGAGGCAGAAGAGGCACGUACGAAAGCUGCCACUGGGACUCGCUCUGUAGGUAGGAAAAGAAAGCCAACCGCCAAUUCAUCCAGUGGGAGACCCAAGAAGGCUAAGAACAGCCAAGCUCAAGACACACCUACAGGUGAUAAUGUAAUCUGAAGUUAGUUACAAAACGUAAAAUUUGACCGAACGACCUUCCAUACAUUGCCUCUUAGCUUUUGUAUUUACGCUCGUAAAAUUUACGCGCAAGAAUAAAAAACUAUUAUUACUAUCACAUUUAAAAACUAUUUAGAAUUUUAAAGAAUUUUUCAGUCUAUCAAUAACAUUUCCAACUAAAGCUUUUCUAGACGGACCAUUGUAAAGGUUACUAUUAUUAAUCAUUUAAUCAUAACUAUAACAAAAUUGUCAAAUCUGAUUGGCUAUCAACUGCCCUGAUUUACCUUAAAUGUACAGUUUAAUAGGACAGUACGCGCCAUCACGCGCGCGCUUAAAUGGUUUUUUUUUUCACUGCUAGCAAAAAACAAAUCACAAGAUUUCUUGUGAUUUGAUUUAAAAAAGAGCUUACUAUAUCACAAAUUUUGUUAAAGAUGUGUUUGCUGAGUUCAGUAGAUUUCCUAGAGUAUGCAUGUAUGUAUGUAUGGUAUUACUCCAACAAUCAUACCUGGUUGAGGAAUAAGCAAAUUAGUAACAAAGAAAGAUGUGUCUACCAAAGAGUUUGCUGCAGCCGGAUAAAUAGAUAUUUACCAUUUGAGAAUAGAAGAUACCUCAGCAAAUCUCGACCUUAUUAGGGAGAUGACUCAGCCGAUGCUUCAACAACCCCGUGAAGGGCAUUACCCUGGCCAGUCAACGAUCAGUUUUCUUCCAGUGAUAGACUUGGAACCCACUGAUAUGACGUGGGUAUAUUCCACAAUUUCAUUAUGUGGACACGCAAGGCAUUACAGCGUGACACCAAUAUUGCAACAUUUGAUGAGCCCCUUUGGUGGAAGGAAAUGAUCAUCAUCACAAAUGAACAUUCUAGUUAAUGUGAAUAACAUAUGACGAAUACCAGUAGCACGUGGCCCGUGGUUUCAUUGCUAUAUCCAAACAACAUUUCAGUUUUCCGCAGCUCUAAGAAGGGGGAAUUGUGGCCACUGUACUUUGUUAUCAAUGAACUAUCCCCCAGAAUAAGGUAAACAAAUAAAAUGAUAUUUCAAGACAAGAUGACCGUGAUGACUGGCUCAGUUUUGUCAAUGGUGGAUUUUUACCAUUGGAUUUAGCGCUUUGCCAAAGCCUUACCCAAGCACUUUUCAACUACUUCCAAUUGAAUUUAAAAUAUGUAUUUAUUAUUCAUUAUACUUACAUAACAAACAAAUGAAAAAUUCUUUGUGUAUGACUCUCGUAGGAUGUCCCCCAAAAAUAUGUUGACGUGUGGGUUAUGGUGCGCACCUGGUAAACCAAAUAUGCAGGUGUACCUGAAAAAACUUGUGGACGAAAUAAACAAUAUUUAUGAACGCGGUUACUAUUUUUAUAUCUAGGGUAAUGCACUCAUUUCCUCUCAGUUCAAGCGCCAUGGAAACACUAGCUUAGUCGGACUGAAUUGUUCCAGGAAGUGUCAUGCUCAAAUUUUCAAGCAGUUAAACCGUAUGGUGUUUUUCUAGUGGAUGGGGAGAUGAAGAUAAAGGAAGGUGUGGUCUGAAAUGCUUAAUAUCAUAAACGUGCACACCAGGAGCUGGGAUAUCACUCUCUGCUAUUGAUUAGGCGAAUAUGAAUUGUUUUCAGCCGUUUAUUUAUUUGUUAUUGUUCAUUCAAGGAUUCCACUUCACUACAAGUAGUGGUACACAGGUUUGCAGUGCAAUGCUCAUGCUAUCGCCAGACGAUCUACCAGUGCAGGCAAAGGUUUACCAAGACAGCAUUUCACCCAGCUGGUAAUGACGAGAAGGGCAGCCGAGAAAUGACCUCUGGCCACCACCUGAGGGAAUGGCUGAGCCUAUAUCAGAUGAUAGGGAUCUCUUGGAGAAGAUGCAACACAAGAUGCAAUAAUGGAGGGUCAUUUGCUUUUAGACAACCGAGUUGCACUGCACAGAUGUUUUUGGUUACUGCUUGAGAACUCCUGGUCAUCCCAAGCAAGGAUUGCAGCCAAGAGAACGUGUAUGUCGCAUAGAGUUUUGAAACGAGUUCCACCCAGGGAAAAAACUGCACCAUGUUCCAGAAAUUGUGGAAGAUCAUAAUGGAGCUCUCCAACUCUAGAUGCCACGUGACCAUUCACCUGUGGUUCAGCACUUUCGAUAUCAAAAUAAUCGAUAUCAAAAUAAUACAAUCUUGGAAGGCAAAUAGUAAUGUGACCUUAAUUGUUUACAAUUCCCCUCUGGACAAUCCUAGCACAGAUUAUAUUAUAGCCAUAGAUGAUUAUGUGUGUGGAUAUGCUUGCAAGGAUAGCAAACCCACUGGUGCAACUGCGUAUCUCUUUAAGAACAUGGUGAAUGCUGUUGAUGCAGACAAGGUGACAGGCAAGUCAUUGUCUGCUAAGAUGCUGAUAGCACUGACUAUAGGAUUCUGCUUGUUACACUGGCCAAGCUGGUUUGACAUCCAAGAAGUGAAGGGGGAUGCUGAAUCUUGGAUUGACCGAUUUGUGGACUUUCUUUCCACUGAUGAGUGUAACCAUCGUUUUACAGUCUAAAAACAAUAGCUACACUUGCAAAUUACAGUUGUGAAAAAUUCAUAAAACUGACCCUGAAACCAGACUCCAAACUAGACUAAAGUGAGGUGACCCUAGCAUCAAUCGUCUGGACAAAGUCGCCAAACAACACCACACAGACUAUGACAAAUCUAUGAAGUUACAAGAUAAAUAGAUAGCAGGUAAAAAAGUAGGAAAAAAAGGACCGAAAACAUUGUAGAAACCACCACGAAAGUCACAAUUCAUGUGUAAGAUUUAAAAGGAAGUUUGGUUGGGGCUGUGCUGCUGAAACUCUUCGAUUAUGACUCUGUUUAAGGCAAAAUACAUUAAAAUUGCAAUCUUGUUUAGGACGCUAAAUAGUGAGACUGAAUACUUUUUUUAAGAUCGAAGAUCCCAUAAACCUAUUCUUGACUUGCUCGUGAUGUCAUAGCAUAUUCCAUAUUUGGGGGCCACCAUGUUGGUGGACGGGUACUUACAGAAAACAUGGAGUGGGACUUCAAAGAAACGAAUGAAAAGGACGGCAGUUCUCAAUCUACGUCUCAAGAUCUCAUCCAAAACUCACAAAACAUCAAGCAAUCUUUCCCAGCACUAUCAGAGUAUUAUAACAGUUUAGAACCUCAUGUAAAACGGCGAUAUUUAGAAAAAAUAUCAGUGGUUGGGCUCGAUCCUGGAACACGUCUAUACGCAAGGCUUGACCCGGAACGUUUGCUGCCAAUUGAGGCUAUGGAUCUAUUCAGUUAUCUUGUUACGGACACCAGCUUUUAUACCAAAGAGCAGUUUAAGGCUUCUAAAAGCCUGGAAUCGUUAAAUUUUUUGGUAUCCGGUUUUAUUACAAAUGCUCAAGGAGUCAAAUAUUGGACAAAUAUGUCGUGACUGGAAAGGUUCGACAUAAUCAGAGAAUGAACAAUCCUUUGCUGCCCAUCUGAAUGAUUUCUUCAAAUGAAGGAACCGUUUUGUCGGCUCAUUGCAUGGGCUGCAAAGCUGGCCUGGCUGAAACUUGUUUUUAUGUUGCAGGUGUAUUAUUUUACACUGAAGCCUGGCCAAGGCCAAUUUGCACACAAAUGAAGUACUCAUGGAUUAUCCCUUCACACGUGUAGGAAGUGCCUUAUGCCCCCAUCAGUGAAAUAAAUUUUAAAUCUGCUCGUAGGCUCAAACAAGAUCUCGAUCAUGCUAUUAACUCCAACCCAAGCACUGCAACAAACACUUGUAUGCCACCCAGGGCAUACAAGUUAUAA